AUGGAGUAUGGAUCUGCUCUGCGGCAUCGAGAUCCCAGGUCUUGUCUCAUCGGCGCCCUCGCGUUCUGGCUUUUCUGGCGCUGGCAGGUAGAAAAGGCGGAAAGGUUUCCCGUCUUCCAAAGAAGCGAAGACUGGUAUGAAACGAAGGUGCUCCGCCGAUCGGCGAAGGAGCCUCAAGCUCCGUUGUCGGGGCAGACUGCCCGAGAAUGGACGUCCAGGUUCUACAAGAAGGCCGGCAUCAAGGUCUCCAAGGUCAGCCUUGCGCCUAGAGUGGCCGCGACGCAAAACGCCGACAUGGCCGGAGUGGAUGAAGGCCAGAUCCGCCGAGCCGGUCGUUGGAAUAACGGAGACCAAAUGACCGGCUGCUAUCUGACUUCCUGCCUUUCGAAUUCAUGA